UCUGAUCCGAAUUCCGAUGGAAACCGAGAAGGAUUGCUCUUUCAACCAAGACUUGAUUCACGAAAUCUUCAAGCUCGUCUGGAGAAAAACUGCUGCAGAUCGCGAGAAAAACGAAAUCUCCCAAACUGUGGACGCCGAGGUUGUUGGAGCAGCUACCACCUCCAGGAAAAACCGCCCUACUUAUGCUAAUGCAGCUGCAGUGAAGCUUAGUUGUGAACUUCUUCGGGUUUUUGUUGCAGAAGCUGUACAACGCUCUGCUGUGAUUGCUGAAGCUGAAGGUACUGAUAGAAUUGAAGCAACACAUUUAGAGAGGAUACUUCCGCAGUUACUUUUGGAUUUUUGAGGUACUCCUGAAACAUUGAGUUAUGGUAUUUUUAAAACCAUAUUCUGACAAUUUCUGCAUUUGAAGUGGCUAGAGGAUAUGUAAUACUAGUAGUAUUUUCUGCAAACAAAUGUGAUUUGAUUUGUAAACCAAAUGUAAUUCUUUUUAUAACUAUCAAUUAGACUUGCUGUAAACAAAUCUUUCUGCAAACUUUGGGAUAUACGCUCCAAUGCUCCAUGUUGA